AUGGCUGAGAUUGAGUCUGCUGAGGACGAUGCCAUUAACGCUGAUGGUAACAACAUAGAGGGAAUAUUCCCUGAAAUUCCUUUCUAUUUGUGUAUCGGUUCUGGCAAUAAUGAGCUUGCGUGCUUUCUCAUCAAGGCAGGAGCAGACCAUCCGAUAGGAACCAACGAAAGAACGCCGCUCUUUCAAGCCAUACAGAUCGACAAUGUCGAGCUGCCUUAG